AUGGGAACUCAUCGGUCCCGAGGCGGCAGCGACAGCAGUCUUCUGCUCAUCCCAGAGGUUGUUACAGGGCGGCAGAAGGGGGAUAAUGACGAUGACUCGCUGGAUGGAUUGGACAGACAGGAGGACAUUGCCCAGUUCCUUUAUGUAGAGUUUACUGGCAGGGACAGUAUUACCUGCCCAACGUGCCAAGGCACUGGCCGCAUCCCCUCAGAGCAGGCAAAUGAGCUGGUGGCUCUGGUUCCCUACAAUGACCAGAGGCUCCGGCCCCAGAGAACGGAACUGAAUGUGGUCCUCUCGGCGGUGCUGUGUCUCCUGGCCUCCUCAUUGGUGGUCUUCUUCCUCUUUCCCUGCUCUGUGGUGGUGGAGGACGAUGGGAUACGCUCCAUCACUGUGCAGUUUGACCACGUCAACACUAAGGUCCUCAUGAAUAUGACAAGCUCCUUGAACUUCAGCAACUCCAACUUCUUCACGGUGAUGGUGGACAGUCUGCGCUGCCAGGUUCUCUAUAUGAAAACAGUUAUAGGCACCAUGCAGCUAGACAAUGUAGUCACCAUGCAGCCCCUGAGCCAGAGACAUGUGAACUUCACAAUUAGCGUUGAGAUCAGUGGAGGCGCCUCCUAUGUUUAUGCCUUCUGCACCAUGGCAAGCAUCAAGGUUCACAAUAUUGUGGUUUUCAUGCAGACAUCUGUGAAAACCUCCUACAUGGUGCGCACGACCCAGAAUACCCUGGAAGCCUAUCGCUACAUUGACUGUGGUUCCAACUCCACGGUUCACCAGCCCCAUGCCGACCGUGGCAGUAACUCUCCCUCCCCCACCCACUACAGUCACCACCAACCACAGUGGUGA